ACGACAUUAAUAACACUUCUAGUUAGACUUAAUUGGGGUUUCGGUAGAACUAAUUCGGUCUUCUAACUAAAGUUCCUUGGGUACUGUGGCUUGUUCUGUAUAAUUGACAAGCCUUAAAGAUUUCAGUAGAUAAACGUUUUGAAAUCGGUGAGAAUACUCCACUGUUUGUCUUUUUAUUUUAUUAACUCAUCCAAGAUACAAAGGUUCACAUAAACGGUACGUGGAAUUUGUCAAUGGUGCGCUGAUACAUCAUGGGGGAUCCAUCCGAUUUUGAACGAUUUUAUAGUGAUUUGAAAGAAACCGAGAAGAGAGAUUCGGUAUUAACAUCAAAGCAACAAAUUGAUCGUUUAUUACGUCCCGGCUCCACUUACCUGAAUUUAAAUCCGUUUGAGGUUUUACAAAUUGAUGCAGAUACAGAUGUUGAAACGGCCAGGAAAAAGUACAAAAAGCUUUCCUUGCUUAUUCACCCGGACAAGAACACGGAUGAUCGUGAAAGAGCUGAACGUGCAUUCGAUGUGGUGAAAAAGGCUAUGAAAAUGAUCGAAGAUCCAGAUGAAUUGGCGAAAUGUCGGGAAACCUAUACAGAAGCAAGAGCGCGUCUAGCAAUUAUUAUGAGCGAAAAAAGGCGUAAACAAAAGAAGAAUGGCCAAGGCGAUAAAAUACCCGAAGAUGAACCAGCUGCAUACAAUAAAGCACUUUGGGUAGUAGUCACGAAGGUAUUUGCUGAUCGUGAAAAAAAACGGAAAAUGUUGGAAGAUAGGGCAAAUGACGAGAAACGAAGGAUAGCAGAGGAAAUGCUUGCGGCUGCAGAAAAAAGGAAAAGAGAGGAAGAAUUCGCUAAAAAUUAUGAAGAAUCACGUGAUGAACGCCGGGGUACUUGGAGGCAAUUUAUGGCAAAAAAAGCAAAGAAAGAAUAUGAAGGCAAAUCACUCAAAGGAACAGCAUUCAAACCGCCAAAAAUAAAGCUCGAAACGAGUGGGAAAUAAUUUUAAAGAUUAAUACUCGAUGAAUUCUUCUUUCUUGUUCGAUCUCGUGCAACUUCAUAUUGUUUUCGAUGUUGAUUUCUUCAGUUGGUACUGCACUGAUGAAAAAAUUAAAGUGAUAGUGAUUAACAAAUUAAUUUUUUUAUAGGGUGAAGAUGUCAUCACCUUUAUCAUUGCUUGUAGCUGUUGUAAUUCGAAGUCGUCUUUAUAUGUAAAUUUAAAAUUUAGUUCUCCAUAUCUUUUCUUAAUCUUUUAAAUCAGG